AUGCCAGCUUCGAGAAGAAAUUGUUGUAUUCUUGGAUGUAAUAAUACAUCACGUCAAGAACGUGGAUUCGGUGUGGAAGUGAAAUUUUAUAAAUUUCCAGAGAGCAUGUUAGGAGCCUCAUGGAAAAUAUUAAAACGUAAACAGUGGAUGAAUGCAGUGAAAAAUUACGUAGAAAAUCCAAAAGACUGGGUACCAAAUAAAUAUACGAGGAUUUGUAGUACCCAUUUUGUAAAUAAUAAAAAAUCAGAGCAUCCUUUACAUCCAUCUUAUGUUCCUUCGAUUUUUCUUGGACGUGAAAAUAUAAAAAGAAAUAUUCAAUCCUUAAAACGUUUCCAACGAGCCAGGAAUCGUGAAACAAACACAAUCCACAUCGAUAAAUAUAUUGUGAGUGAAAAAGAAAGAAACAACAUAAACAUUGACAAUACGAUGGACACAGUAAUGGAGCAAGGUAAUGAAGAACAUGCAAGUCGUGUUGAAGAACAUCCGAUUGAUAUUCAUGUUGAAACUGUUACGGUGAAGCCUGUGCAACGGAGCAUAAGUUGUCAAACAGAGAUAGUCACAGAUGGAGCUUAUGAAGAUUUGGUAUAUUUUUUUUGCAAUCUUAACUAUUCUAACGAUUUAAACACGGCAGCAGUACAGGUAAAUAUUCCAAUAAAAAAAACACAAAAUAAAAUUUGUGAAGCUAAAAUACCAAUUAUAAAAAAUGUUAAAGAUUCGAGUUGUGAUCCAAUAAAUAUAGACCUUAGUAAAUCUUGUCAAGGUUUUCAUGGACUCUCUUCAAUUACUACUGACGAAGCAAUGAGCAGUUUAACAGGUGUGACGUUAGCAAUUUUUUCAUGGCUUUUAACUAUGUUACCAGACUGUAAAGCCUCUAAAGUAGACAAAAAAACAAGUUUCCUGAUAACGUUAGUCAAAUUGAAGACGGGUUUAUCAUUUACUGCAUUGGCAGUAAUUUUCAAUAUUCAUAGAAUAACUGCACAUAGGAUAUUUGUGAAACACAUCCAGCAGUUAAAUAUUUUACUACAGAAUACUAAAAACAAUGGCCGCGUUCAGGUUUACGAAGUUCUGAGCAGGGCUGGCUUUAUCUACCUAUAA